AUGGACGGCGCUGGCAAGGCGCGCCGCGUGCGCAUCGCCAUCGACCGAGGCGGCACCUUCACCGACUGCGUGGGAGAGAGGGACGGCGAGCAAAUCAUCAUCAAGCUCCUAUCCGAAGACCCGGCAAACUACCAGGACGCUCCGCUCGAGGGCAUCCGGCGCAUCAUGAGCCAUUUCCUCGGGCACGACAUCCCGCGGGGCGACGCCCUGGACACGUCCGACAUCGAGUCCAUUCGCAUGGGCACCACCGUCGCCACAAACGCCUUGCUGGAGCGCAAGGGAGAAAAGAUUGCCCUGGUUGUCACCCAGGGCUUCAAGGAUUGCCUCGUCAUCGGCAACCAGUCCCGGCCGAGCAUCUUUGACCUGGCCAUCAGGAAGCCCGACGUGCUGUACGAGCACGUCGUCGAGAUUGACGAGCGCGUCACCUUGGAGGAUUACACCGAGGAUCCCGGGCGGACCGUCACGGAAGCAGAUGCCCAGGUCGGCACCGAGGGAGCCCGGGAUCGGACCCUGGUGCGAGGCACUUCUGGCGAGGCGGUCCGCAUUCUGCAGAGGCCAAACGACGACCACGUCAGACGGAAGCUUCGAGAGGUGUACGACCGCGGAAUCCGCAGCGUGGCAGUCUGCCUGAUGCACGGGUACACCUUUCCCGAUCACGAGGCGCAGGUUGGCCGCGUUGCCGAGGAGAUUGGAUUCACCCAUAUUUCCUUGAGCCAUCAGCUCAUGCCCAUGGUUAAACUGGUCCCUAGAGCCACCUCUGUCUGCGCGGAUGCCUACCUGACACCGGCCAUCCGGCGAUACAUUGACGGCUUCCAGCAAGGAUUCCGAGGAGGACUUGGCACGCAGAGUGUAAAGGAUGAACAAGGGCCAAAGGGAGCGCGAUGCGAGUUCAUGCAAAGCGACGGCGGCCUGGUAGAUGUAGACAAGUUUACCGGGCUCAAAGCCAUUCUUUCCGGGCCUGCUGGAGGCGUCGUCGGCUACGCCAUCACCUCAUACGACGCAGAGACCAAGAUUCCUGUAAUAGGAUUCGACAUGGGCGGUACUAGCACAGACGUGUCCCGUUACGGCGAGGGUCGUUACGAGCACGUAUUCGAGACUACCACGGCCGGAGUCACCAUCCAAUCGCCACAGCUUGAUAUCAACACUGUUGCCGCUGGCGGCGGCUCCAGACUCUUCUUUCGCAACGGUCUCUUCGUAGUCGGACCCGAGUCUGCCGGUGCCCAUCCCGGGCCUGCCUGUUAUCGCAAGGGAGGCCCUGCUACCGUCACGGACGCCAACUUGCACCUCGGUCGACUGCUGCCCGAGUUCUUCCCCAAAAUAUUUGGCGAGGACGAGGACGAGGGCCUGGAUCCAGAGGCAAGCAGAAAGGUGCUCCAGGAGCUGACAGACGAGGUGAACCGCGAGACGGGCCAGAAUCUAAGCACCGACGAGGUGGCGUACGGAUUUCUGACUGUCGCAAACGAGACCAUGACGCGGCCGAUCCGAUCCAUCACGGAAGCAAAAGGCCACGACUCGUCCAAGCAUCGCCUCGCUACGUUUGGAGGCGCCGGUGGCCAGCAUGCUGUUGCUAUUGCGGAUUCUCUCGGCAUCAGCCAGAUCCUUGUUCACCGUUAUUCUUCCGUCCUCUCCGCCUACGGAAUGGCCUUGGCCGACGUCGUCGACGAGCGCCAAGAACCCGACUCGACCGUUUGGAAAGACGGCGGCGACGCUGUCAGCCACCUGCAGAGCAAGAUGGAGAAGCUGAAGGAGAGGUCGCGCGAGGCGCUGAGGGCUCAGGGGUUCGAUGGCCAGGAGAUUGUGUUUGAGGAGUACCUCAACAUGCGAUACCGGGGCACCGAGUCUGCGCUCAUGAUUAUCAAGCCCACCGACGCAGAAACCAGGGACCACUUUGGCGGCAAGGACUGGCAGUUUGGCCAAGCAUUCAUCAAGCACCAUCGCUACGAGUUUGGCUUCACCUUGGACGACCGGGAUAUAAUAGUCGACGACGUGCGUGUUCGUGGCAUCGGAAAGAGCUUCCGACACAAGGAGAAGACUGUGGAUCAGCAACUCAGGACGAUCAACCGUCACGCCGUCGCCGAUGAUAAAGAGCACGGCACCAAACAUGUGUACUUUGAGGGUGGAAGACAGCAAACACCCGUGUACAAGUUGGAUAAUCUCGAAGUCGGUGCCGUCAUCAAAGGCCCCGCAAUGCUGGCUGACGGCACCCAGACCAUCGUUGUGCCUCCCAAGACGGUUGCCCUCAUGACUGAAACCCAUGUUGUACUGGACAGCCGGAAAGAAGAGGAGAAGCAAGAUUUACAUGACCAGAUUAGCGCAGACGGCAAAGUUGACCCCAUCAUGCUGAGCAUUUUCGGGCACAGGUUCAUGGCCAUUGCCGAGCAGAUGGGCCGCGCUCUUCAAAAGACGAGCGUCAGCACCAACGUCAAGGAGCGGCUCGACUUCUCGUGCGCCAUCUUCGACGCCACCGGCGGACUGGUGGCCAAUGCCCCCCAUCUGCCCGUUCACCUCGGGUCCAUGUCGACGUGCGUCCGCCGCCAAGCGGAGAUUUGGAAAGGACGGCUCGAAAAGGGAGACGUCAUCAUCACCAACCACCCCUCCCACGGCGGCACCCACCUGCCGGACGUGACGCUAAUCAUGCCCGCAUUCGACGACAAGGGCGACAAGAUUCUGUUUUACGCCGCGUCUCGCGCGCACCACGCCGACAUUGGCGGCAUCACGGCCGGCAGCAUGCCCCCGCACUCCCGAGACCUGUACCAGGAAGGGGCGGCCAUUGUGAGCGAGAAGCUGGUCAGCGGCGGCAGGUUCGACGAGGAGCGCGUCGUCGAGCUGUUUUACCACGCGCCCGCCAGGAACCCGGGCUGCAGCGGCACGCGCACCCUUGCCGACAACGUCAACGACCUGCGGGCCCAGGUGUCGGCAAACCAAAGGGGCAUCUCGCUCAUCGAAGCCCUCAUCCGGGAGUACGGCGAGGCGACGGUGCAGUUCUACAUGGUGAGCAUCCAGGAGAACGCCGAGCUGUGCGUGCGCAACCUCCUCAGGGACGUGCACAGGCGCUUCGGCGGCAGGGCCCUCGAGGCAGUCGACUUCAUGGACGACGGCACGCCAAUCAGGCUCAAGAUCACCAUCGACCCGGAGCGAGGCAGCGCCGAGUUCGACUUUGGCGGCACCGGCCCCCAGGUGUACGGCAACGUCAACGCCCCGCAGGCCAUCACCUACAGCGCCAUCAUCUACUGCCUCCGGUGCCUCGUGUCCGAGGACAUACCCCUCAACCAGGGCUGCCUGCGGCCCGUGACGGUCAAGAUCCCCCCCGGAUCGAUCCUGUCGCCCGCGCCGGGGGCGGCGGUCGUGGGCGGAAACGUCCUGACCAGCCAGCGCGUCACCGACGUCAUCCUCAAGGCGUUUGAGGCCUGCGCCGCCAGCCAGGGCUGCUGCAACAACCUCACGUUCGGGUUCGGCGGCAACGUGUCCGGGGCCGAGGCCGUCAGGGGCUUCGGCUACUACGAGACGAUUGCGGGCGGCAGCGGCGCCGGUCCCGAAUGGGUCGGCACGUCGGGCGUGCACGUUCACAUGACCAACACGCGGAUAACGGACGCGGAGGUGUUUGAGCGGCGGUACCCCGUGCUGCUCCGGGAGUUCUCCAUCCGGCGCGGCUCGGGCGGCGGCGGCCAGCACCGCGGAGGCGACGGCGUGGUGCGCGACGUGGAGUUCCGGAUCCCCCUCGAGGUGUCGAUUCUCAGCGAGAGGCGGGUCCACCGUCCGUACGGCUUGAGCGGCGGCCAGGACGGCGCGUGCGGGCUGAACCUCUGGGUCCGCAAGGUGGCCAGGGACGACGGCAGCGGCUACGACGAGCAGCGCAUCAACCUGGGCGCCAAGAACAGUGCCGCCAUGAAGCCCGGCGACCGCAUCAUCGUAUGCACGCCCGGCGGCGGAGGCUGGGGGCCCCCGGGGCGGAAGAGCGUCGCCAAACAGGGCAGAGACCCCACGGAGAGCUGGAAGAAGGGCAGCGGCGCCGCCAGACAAGACGCAGCUCUGCAGGCAUGA